AUGGAUAAAUAUAAAACAAUUGAAAUAAUUGGAAGAGGUUCUUUUGGUGAAGUAACAAAAGCAUAAAACAUUGAAACAGGCGAAAUAGUAGCCAUAAAAACAAUGAAGUAAUAAUUUAGUACAUGGGAAGAAUGUAUAAACUUGCGAGAAUUAAAAUCUUUGAGGAAAUUAGUUAAUAAUAAAAACAUAAUAAAAUUAAAGGAAGUUAUACGAAUAAAUAAUUAACUUUCUUUAGUUUUUGAACAUAUAGAUUUAGAUAUAUUUAAAUUAUAUGAAGAUUAAAAAAAAUAAGGAAAAAGACUUUCCGAAAAUUAAAUAAAAUCUAUUUUUUAUUAAAUCGCUAAUUCUUUAUAAUAUAUGCAUAAACAUGGGUUUUUUCAUAGAGAUUUAAAACCCGAAAAUAUACUCUAUAGUAAAAAAGAUGGGUUUAUUAAACUUAUUGAUUUCGGACUUGCAAGAGAAAUACGGUCUAGACCUCCUUAUACUGAUUAUGUGUCAACCAGAUGGUAUAGAGCACCUGAAUUGCUUUUACAUUCAACUAAUUAUAAUUCUCCAGUUGAUAUUUUUGCAUUAGGAUGUAUUAUAUGUGAGUUAUUUAUGUUAAAACCACUUUUUAAUGGAGCUUCCGAAGUUGAUUAAAUUCAAAAAAUAUGUACUGUUUUAGGUACUCCUUCAAAAUUAGAUUGGACAGAAGGUUAUAAAUUAGCGUCAGUUAAAGGAAUAAAUUUUCCUUAGUAUUAGAGUAUUCCUUUAAGUAGUUUAGUAAAUUAUUGCUCUAGUGAAGGAUUGUAGUUGAUAAAUGAAUGUUUAAGAUGGGAUCCUUAAAAAAGACCUACUGCGGCUAAAAUAUUACAACACCCAUAUUUUAGGGAUAUAGAGAAAAUACUCCCGGAAGAUUAUUUUAAUGAAAAUGAUGAAAAUAAAAAUACUUAAAAUUAUAAUGUUUUAAGUUAGAAGAGAAUUUCGAAUUAUUAAUAUAGUAGUAGUUCGGAUGCUAAUAUAGGUUUAGGAAAUUAAAAUGUAUUAGAGAAUAAAUUGUAGUAAUAAGAAUUAAUUAAUAUUAAUGACAAUAUGUAAAAACCACCUUUAAAUCCAGGAAAGAUCGUAUAAAAAUAGAGCAAAUUCUUUAUAAUAAAGAAAUUAAGAGUCAAGUUAAUCAAAAAAAAGAAUGCUAAUAAAUAUGUAAUAAGAAGAUGA